CAGACUGCAGGUGAUCCAGAAGGACUCUGGUUUGCCUCUCUGCCUAGUUAAAAGAACUUCACACAGUUUUUCUAAGACGUUAUAAAAUGUCUACUGAUGCAGCGGAAGCAACAAAAGCCAAGAUGCCAGAUAAACUGGAGCCAACUAAAGGAAAGUCACAUGAUUCUGACAAGAAGGUCGACAAUAAGGUAACACUGAAUGGAAGUGAUGGACACCAGGACAACCUCAUGACUGGACAGCCAAGCAACUCCAGAAACAAAGCAGCAACUAUUAUAUUCACACUGAAGAAUGAAGUGGGGGGGCUGAUCAGAGCUCUGAAACUUUUCCAGGAAAAACACGUCCAUCUGGUUCAUAUUGAGUCUCGCAAGUCCAAACGGAGAGAUUCAGACUUUGAGAUCUUCAUAAACUGUGAUUCAGAGCAUGAACAACUGAAGGAGCUGACCGAGCUGCUGAGGACACACACCGACAUAGUGGAAAUGACUCCGUCUGGAAGCUCUUCUUUACUACAUGAUGGUUUGGAAAGUGUUCCCUGGUUUCCUACAAGGAUUUCGGAUUUGGAUCUGUGCGCCAACAGGGUUUUAAUGUACGGCUCUGAAUUAGAUGCAGAUCACCCGGGAUUUAAAGACCAAAUUUACCGUAAAAGGAGGAAGUAUUUUGCUGAUUUGGCUAUGAACUUCAAACAUGGUGAUCAGAUUCCUCGUAUCGACUACACGGCAGAGGAGGUGCGGACCUGGGGCGUGGUGUUUCAGGAGCUUAACAAGCUGUAUCCCAGCCAUGCCUGCAAGGAGUAUCUGAAGAAUCUUCCUCUGCUGACCAGAUACUGUAAAUACAGUGAGAACAACAUCCCUCAGUUGGAGGAUGUGUCACGCUUCCUCAUGGAGCGCUCAGGUUUCAGCAUCCGGCCGGUAGCAGGCUACCUCUCUCCAAGAGAUUUCCUAGCAGGGCUCGCUUUCAGGGUGUUCCACUGCACUCAGUAUGUCCGUCAUGGCUCAGAGCCUUUGUACACACCUGAACCGGACACAUGCCAUGAGGUGUUGGGCCACGUUCCUCUCCUGGCAGAGCCCAGCUUCGCUCAGUUCUCCCAAGAGCUUGGUUUAGCAUCACUUGGCGCUUCAGAUGAAGACGUGCAGAAACUUGCCACAUGUUAUUUCUUCACGGUGGAGUUCGGCCUGUGUAAGCAGGAUGGAGGCCUGAGAGCCUAUGGAGCUGGACUCCUCUCCUCAGCUAGUGAACUCAAGCAUGCUCUGUCUGGGGAGGCCAACAUCCGCCCGUUCGAUCCCGUGGUAACCUGCAACCAGGAGUGCAUGAUAACCACAUUCCAAGAUGUUUACUUUGUGGCUGAAAGUUUCGAAGAAGCCAAGAACAAAAUGAGGGAGUUUGCCAAAACCCUUAAGCGUCCAUUCACAGUGAACUACAACCCCUACACUCAGAGUGUGGACGUUCUGAGGGACACCUCCAACAUCAACAACAUGGUGAAAGAUAUCCGGCAUGAGCUGGACAUUGUUGAAGAUGCCUUGCGUCGUCUCGGCAAACUCCAGAGAGACUGAAGAGUCAAAAUUGCAAAUUAGCAGUCUCCAAACUAUUUACAUGUGAUUGUUGGUUGUGCUCUGUCUCUUUUUUUGCUUGUGGACAUGAUGCUGCAUAUGCUAAAAUAAUCAAUUGAUGUUUUAUUAAGUUAUGAUAUGAGAUGUAAAAGGUGAAAAUGUCUGUAGUUUCACAUUGAAGAAAUUUGACUGUUGAGCUUGUAUGCCUUCUGUUCAGCAGAAGGCUUACAAGUACCACCCUAAGGACAAACAGUUUGAAACAGUGAAGCAGGACUUAAAAUCAGUUUGUAGUUAUAAAAUGUGCUACAUUAGAAGUUCAAGUAACAAUUUCAAAGUUCAAGUUAAAAAUGAAUGGGAAAAAGUUGGAAAACUUUUCAAAACAGACCCAUGGCAUAAAAAAUCCAGUGGGAAAGUUAUAAACAGGAGGUUUCUAAUCCUGAAAUCCAAAAUGACUGCACUGAAAAUAUCUGUUUCGCACAAAAUACAAACAACCCUACUUUAGUGAACAUGUUGCUGCAGUGUUUAAAAUAACAAAAUAGAAGAAAAUUCAUUGCUCACCACCUGCAUUGCUAUUAGUAGAGGAUUCCUUGGAAUUGGAAUUGCAAUUAAGUUGGACUUGGUGUCAUUCUCAGAUUAAAACGCUGACUUGAAGACCGCAUAACUUGCACUUGUUCCUAAUUGUUCCGACUACAGUUUUAUGUAGUCGGUCACUAACUUCUCUUAUUUUUGUUGCAGUUUGGAAUAUGAUUAAAUAGAGAUCACAUCCUUCCAUUAUGGCUUAAGAAGCUGUUAUCUUAGCUAAGUUAGCUUAGCUAAGUUUAUUUGGUAGCAUUAAAUAUUAAACAGGGACAAAAAAAGUUCAUAACUUUCCUAGAAAGUGUUGGGAAGCUGGGGUUUGGGUUCUGUGUGGAUGUUUCGUUCAGAUCCUACAGGCGCCCACCAGAGGGAGCCAGAAGGUUUCUGCUCCUUGGAUGGUGGACCUGAGGAGCUAAUUAUUCACACCUGCAAGUCAUCUGCUUCAUCAGCCAGAGCAUACCAGGAGCCAGUUGCAGGUUCUCUGGUGCCUGAAUGUUAGCUCUACAUGGUGUUCUCAGCGAUGUUCUGGAUUCUGCUCCCUGUGCUGUGUUGGUUUCUCCUUGGGUUCUCAAGACUCUCAGAACAUCUCUGGUUCAAAUCCCAUGACUGGCAACGUCCCGCUCCUCUUCCUCCAAGUCUGUGCUGCAUGACCUGUCUGCCCUCCAAUGGUAUUACCAUCCAGUAAUCUCCACCAGACCGCUCCACGGAUCCCCGGCUCCCACUAUUGCACAA